CACGAACGUUGGCUUGAUGAUUUUAGCGCGUUGAGUCAGCAGGAAAAAGACGCCGCGAAGAAGGCCGAUAUGCCUCUGUUCGCGGCGCGUCUGUUUCCUCAGGUUGAUGCUGUAGCACUCCGAGGCGUCGUAAACUACUUGAUGGCGACCAUUAUUCUGGAUAAGAUCAACGAUGAUGAGUCCCCGCAAGGGGCCAAGGUACAUGCAGAUCUCUUCAUGUAUGCACUAUCUACGGCUGGCGCAGAAGGGUCCUCAGCUGCGGUUCCGAAGUUCCAGAAGCUCAUACGGACCCUGGUAUCCCCCGUUAUGGAUGUUGUAGGAAGCAUCCAUCGCUCCGCGUUUAUCAGCGCAAACAAAUACUUCUCCGACGGGACCAUCAAAGAAGCCGAGGAGAGGCUCACGGCUAAAAGGGAGCUUGCUAAGCCAACGAUCGAAUCUUACCUAGAUACACGACGCCGAUCUGUCGGUGUACGACCCUACCUCGUCUUCGUUUGGGCUAUGGUCAAUCCGGAAGUGCCAAAGCCGCUAGACGAUGUCAGCAUUACAACAAUGGAAGAAGCGGCAGAGGAGUUAGUCAUCAUGGCCAACGAUCUAUACUCGUAUAAGAAGGAGUACGAGGACAACGACGUCCAGCAUAACUUCUUGACAGUGCUCAUGGAGUUACCCACAUCUCCAGCAGCCAACCUUCAAGGUGCCAUUAAUGAGGCAGCCACAUUGUUUGAAUCUUCUCUUAAGCGGUUCAAUAACGCAAGAAGCGCGAUUGCGGCGCGCGGUGGUGACAUUGCUCCGGCUCUUGAGCGCUAUGCGCAAGGCAUUGUGGACUUAUUCGUAGGUAACAUCGAGUGGAGCCUCGUUAUACCCAGAUACCGCGUCUUUGAUAACGAAGCUGAUAGAGAAAAGCGGAUUAUGCGUACAUGAUGCUUCUAACUCAGCUUUACCGUAUACACGUCGGACACUGUGGAUUGCAUUACGAAUCAUCCAAUAUACCCUCAUAUCUCAAUCCCAUCACUAACCCAUCAUCUCCUUUACUCUAC